GCUGGCGUCCAGGCAUGGGCUCCAAGGCCAAGAAGCUCAUGGUGCUGCCCACGCGCCCGGCGCCGCCCACGGUGGAGCAGAUCCUGGAGGACGUGCGUGGGGCGCCGGCCCAGGACCCUGUCUUCACCGCGCUGGCCCCGGAAGACCCCCCAGGAGACCCCAGGAGGAGUGAGGACCCCGAGGCCCAGCGGGAGCGGCUGUACCAGCAGAGCCAGGCCUACGUGGCCGCCAACGCGCGGCUGCAGCGGGCAAGCGAGGGGCUGAGGCAGCAGUGCCAGGGCCUGCGGCGAGCCGGGCGGAACUGGAGCUGGACGGGGGCCACGUGA